CCUCAGAGUGUACAAUUCGAAUAACCUGUGGAAUAACAUGACGUAUGUAAGAUCAGUGAUGUAUAUGUGCAGGUGACAAUCUUCUUUCCCAGAAGAAUUUGCGGUACGCACAGGUAGCUGCCUCGUACCCAGGCGUCUCUUUGUAAAAAAGCAGUGAUGCCCAUAUGACGUGUUUACAUGAAGUAUUGUAGUGGGGAGAGAUGGCGAAGGGGCUGAUGGGAAGAGGACGCACCCUUCCCAACAGCCCCUUCGCGCGUCGGAUGCCUACCUGAAUACUUCAUGUAAGCGCCUGGGUAUGAGGCAGCACAGGUAGCGUAUUCAUGGCCGACCAUGACGACUCGGAUAACGAAAGAAAUGAGGUAUGUUAUGAUUUAUUUUGUUAUGUGUCGCGUCUUUUGCAUCCUUUGUUUGUUGUAUAGAAGGCUUACCAUUUUAAUCAAGCGGUUGUUGAAUUAUUGUUUUCAUCAUUUGCUUUUAAUUCGUCGUGCGAAUGGCUCUAUGAGUGAGAUGUUUGAAGUUGUAAAAGUUCUGAGCGUUUUGACUGAUAUAGCAAACAAGUACUGUUGAAUUUGAAGCUAAAGUACUGUGAUCGAGUAAUAUAAAAGAGAUAAACAUUUCAUUCAUUUUUUUAUUGCACUUAGGCUUAUUUUGCUUUCAGAUUUUUUCAAAUGUGCGUAUAUUGUAUAUUUUAAAUAGUGUUCUACACAGCCAUUAUUUACUUGCUGCUAGGUAACCAUCGCGUGUAGUGUUGGGUCUCACAUUUGAGUGAAAACAACUCCAAACUGCAGUGAAAAUGUUGAAAGACAAUGAAACCUGUAAAUUGAUCAGUAUUGCUUAAAUGUUAAGCCUUAACAUUUCAACUUUGAAGUUGUUAUUUGGGAAUAACUGACUGAAUGUAGUAAAAGUUUCCCAGUCCAUAAAAGUCUCACAGGCAUCCCAAGCUCACGUGUGGUUGGAGUAUAUUUGUAUUUUUAUAUUGGCUUACUAUGACAGGAUAAAUAUUGUCAAAAAAUGCUAAAAUAUGUAUUAAAUUGAGAAAUAAGCUGGGCUCCAAAUGGCAUUUCUCUCAUGCCUGGGGUUAGCCUUUAGAAUAUAUGUUUUGAUUGGAACCGCUUCUUUUUUCAAAGUGACUAUAUGACCGGCAGCCGGUCACGGUUUAUCAAAUACUAAAUGGCCGGCAGUCUAGUGACUAUAGUUGAAUAUAAAAACUUUUGUUUGCGUUAACUUUUACCGAACUUGCCGUUAGCUCAUACGGCAAGGGCGCUGCGUGCGGAAAGUUAAACGCAGUCGGGGUCGGUCGGGAUGUGUUUUGUCUGACUUAGCAUUGUUUUUUCUUAAAAUUUUUUAAACUUUUUCCCCCGACUUUUCUAACUCUCAAAAGGUUAGGGUUAGGGGUUAGGGGUUAGGGUUAGAGAAGGGUUUGGGGUUGGGGAUAGGUUUAUCUUAUAAAAAUUAAACUUUAACAAUAGUCACUAGACUGCCGGCCAUUUAGUAUUUUAUAAACCGUGACCGGCUGCCGGUCAUAUAGUCACUUCGUUCUUUUUUAUUAAAUAACUGUACAUUUUAAUACAAAAGGGCUCUGGCGGCUCUGCGGAGGAGAGUGUAUGACAUAGUCUGCAGUUUUAGGGUUUGCAAAAUAAAUUCAUGUUGAAUUAUUAAACUAUUGUCUGUGAAAUUCUAUCAUGCCAGUAGCAUUGUUGUUCCUCAAUAGAACUUUACAAUAACAAUGGAUGAUUCCAGCUAUAGCCUAAAUUUUGAUCUCGGCAAGAAGAACAAAAUCCAUCACCACAGCUAGACAGAGCUCGUUAAAGUUAGUAAAAUUGCAAAGUUUGGCCGCAAAAUGUUGUAAAAUGUGGAAAAUAUAGCCUUGCAAAUUUUGUAUUAAUUAACUUGUAUUGCGUGUGGGGAAAAUGCACCACAGUUAGGCCGAAAGUGUGUAAAAACAAAUUGAUAUAAAUUUUGCAAAUAUUUUCGUUGGGCUAUAUUUUCCGCAUUUUUAAUCACGAUAUUUUCAAUCACGUUGUAUUGAAGGUAGAAACUUGAGCGACAAUGUAUUGAAAUUAUCGUCAUGCUCAAUGACUAUCGUGAUAUUGCUUCACAUGUGUAUAUAGCUUUUAUAAAAUUCUUAAAAAUUCUUUCAAUUCCUAGAAAAUAUAGUUCUUAAAAGAAUUAAGGCUCUUUCCUGAAUUAAAUAUGAAUUUAAUACGAUACAAAAGCUAAUAUUGGAUAUUAUAGAUUCAUGUCUUGCUAAUAUGAGUCAGGGUUAGCGGUCAGGGUGAGGAUUAGCAUUCAUAAAUAGCGAGACAUGAAUCUAUAACCAUAUUAUGUAUUAAUCCGCUGGACAAUGAAAUUGUGACAGGCUUUGUUUGCGCUGUGUGCCCAUGGCGUAGCCACUGCAUAAUUAGAUACUGCAUAGACAGUUCAGGUUUAUGAGAAGUACUGAAAUAUUAGACUAGAAAAAGCCUUCAUUUUACUUUAAUUAAAUUUUGUUGUUUUUACUUGUUUUUAAUAAGGUUAUAUAUUAGCUUACUACUAGAGGUGCGGAUCGGAUUGCACGUUUAUAAUCCGACAAUUGGCUCGUGUUUAAAAUCCGAUCCGAUCUAAAAUUGUCAGAUCCGAUCCGAGUUGUGAUAAAGAAUUUCAAUCCGAUCCGAAGAAUCCUUUAACAAAAUAAUUUUCUCAUUCAAGUUGAAAUGUUUAACCAAAUAAAUAUAAAAACAAGAAAUACAUGUCAAGUAGCUGACAAAGUGACGUCCAAUUGAAGUAUCAAACAAUAAAUACUGCGACGACCGCGAUAAUGCUUUGAUAAAUGCAUGGAUAAAUGCAUGGAUAAUUAAUUCUUGCAAUAAUGCAUGGUAAUUUUGAAUAUCGAAGUCCAAUUCGACUACGAAACAACUCUAUCGAUCCGAUCCAAAAUUAAUAUUUUUGUUCCGAAAUCCGAUCGGAUUUGGAUCGGAUUUGCACACCUCUACUUACUACAUACAGUAUAUGCUUUGAUAUUAAUUGAAAAAAAUUGAAAAAUGUGGUCAUUUCAAGUCUUUCAAACCUUUGUAUGCCCCGAAGAAAAUCUUGAUUCUUGAUCUGGAAUUUUAAAAUUUUUGUGUUGUUAUUUUAAACGCAUGCUAAUUAUCACUUAACCAAUGAAAUAGCUUCAUUUGUCAUAAAUUAUUCAAAUAAAGCACUGUCCAAUCAGAGGCCGAUCCCCAAAUCUGGGAACUAUCCACGUGACCUGAACAAGGAUUAUGCAUCCAACUCACAGACGUUCUCUUGCGCGUUUCGUCGAGAGUAACGGCUGUAUACAGGCUACUCAUUCGGACCGCUAGGUUUAUGUGGUUUCAAGGAUUGUAACUGCUUAAUGACACCUGGGAUCGUAACAGUAAGAAACCAACACUUACUUUUGGGUCUGUGCCAACGGCGGGAAUGUCAGUGAUUCUGCCAUCGACUUUGAAGUCAACUACGUCAUUCUUUAAUUGGUAUGACCAAAGCCUCUGGACCAAAGCCAUGAAUAUAUGAUACCGAAAUUUUAAGGAAUAUUUUGGCAACCUAAGUUUGCAACCCAACCUUACUCUAUAAGACAGUACGAAUUGGUAAAGCUAUCCAGUCUAUAAAUAUAAAAAUUGUUUUAGUUUAGAUAGCAACAUUUUUAACUUUCAGAACAGUGGCGUAACCAGGGUCGAAAUGUGGGGGUCAACAUUUUUUAUGGCAUUUCGAAUGCGAGCGCCAAUGGCGCGAGAAAUCUUGGGGUUCGGGGCCAUGUUCCUCAUUAGAACGCUAUUUCACGUAUUUUAGGACGACGCUUGAAGAAAAGUCACAACCACAAUUUUUUUUAAAGCCAUUUUUAGGUUACCUAAUGUUGUUAGAUCGAAAAAUGUUUUUGUACAACACUGUACUGUACACACAAAUACAACGGCAAAAUAGCACGAUGUCUUCGUUUUUGAAGUGGCCGCUCACUUGGCCACUAUAUUUGAACCAUAUUCUGCCCGGAUUUUAGCUUUUCACAAGGGCAGUCCUUUCAGAACACAAUGGUGUUUAUAUAUAAUCCUAUUCUUAGACAAAACGUGUCGUAAAUCAGCCAUAUGAUGAAACACUGGAUGUCAACGAUGAAGAAGAAGUAGCUAGCACAUUUACUCCAAGUCCAAGGCCGGCAUUGAGUCGUGGAGCUGGUAUGUAGCCCAGUCAAUGUCUGGUGAAAUAUUUUGCAAUGUGUUACAUUUUUUCAUUGGACAAUCGUGUAAUUAAAAUUCUUGUAAAAAUUCAAAUAAAGAAUAUAAUUAUUCCAAAAGGGAGGAAUUUUCUACUUGGUAAAUUAAAUAAAGCUAUAUUGUCCAUUAUUUAUUGUUUCCAUAUAAAGGCCAGACAAAAAAUAUCCUGUGGUUCCAGUUUUCUGAUCGCCCUCGUUGACAACAGAACUUUUUUCGAUGUGGUUGCAGUUUACUGCAAUCUUGCGUUAUGUACGAAUCAUAGAAAGCGUUUGUGGUGCAGGCUGCUGCUUUCCUGCACACCAUAUUUUUCAAUUAUAUGCCAGCUGAUAACACUCAUGGGCAUUGGCACAUUGCUGACUAAAGUGAAACGAAAGCAUUUAAAAUCCUUGCUAAUUUUUUCAGGAUAUGAAACCGGAACCACAGCCAGGAUAUUUUGUGAAAAUAUUCUGUGUAUAAAAUAGGUAUAUGUAAGGAGAUAUUUAAAACGUUUCCACAGUAUCAAUUUGGGAAAAGGUUCAUUCACUAUACUUUCAAAAUUUAAAUUGAAACAGUCUGUGCCAACGUAUAUGUAGUGACAAUAAUACUUGAAAUUUGAAAAAUACAAGUAAAACUUCGAUGUUUCAAGACUUCCAAGUUUUACUUGUAUUUUAGUUGAAUCCCUCUCAAUCCCCAGCAUUUUCUUACAAAAUUGUACUAUAAUUGUAGUUCGCGGAUCAAUGACAGACCAAAGUGAAGACGAGUUUAAUCAUGAUGACUUAGUAGAAAAUAAGGUCAGUAUUAGCUCAAUGCUCUGCCAACUGAGCUACGCAGUCAGGUCGGUUUGAGUAUGCGAUAUUUCGGAACUGAGUCUAGUUCCUUCGACAUCAAUAUAAUCUAAUAAUCAUGAUUUCUUUGUGUUGGUGUUAUGUACUCACUCACAGGUGAACAUGAUGUUUGUGAUGUUACUCUGAGUCCGGUGUGGAUACACACUCAGAGUAACAUCACAAACAUCAUAUUCACCUGAGUACACAACAUCAACACAAAAAAUUAAGAUCAGUACUGUUAUAAUAAUUAUAGAUAUAAUAUCUGUGAGUGUGAUUGCCAUCAUUAGGUUGGAAGAAAACUAAGCCUUUCGUCAUGUCCGUGUUCUGUGAUCAGACAUGAUUGAUUGCAAUUGAAUCAUACGGUGGUAGCCAAAGGUGUCCUUAGUAUGCCUUUGACUCAGUCAGGUUACAGUACGUUGCACCUUCAUAAAUCAGCUCAGCUAAAAAUGCAUCUUGUUUUAAAUUUUAUGACCAAAAAUUGAAAAGGUAUAUUUAUGCUUGUGCGUUUUAAUGAUGAAUGACACAUUCCCAUAAUUUACAGUAGAGUUGAAUAUAAUUAAAGCAUAUUGCAAUGACAAGCAAGAAGAAGUCCCAAUAUGUACUGUAUGACCUAAUUCUUACUUCAGCUUGGUGGUGGUGGUGGUGGUGGUGGUGGUGGUGUUGGAGAGAAGCAAGGCAAAGGAGACCCACAGAAAGGCAAGCCCCCAAGUGAAGAUGAAGGAGAUGAUCAGAGUGACAGUUCUGAUGAUGAAGAUGAUGAAGAUGGGCACAGGGGAACUUUGGAAGGGUAAGGUGCCUAAUUAAUCAGACAUGUCUUCUGGAUUGCCUGUGGGUAUAAGCGUAUCACACAAUUUAGCCAUUAUCGUGAAAAUGAACAGUGAAAAAAACAUGAAGUCAUCACAGUGCUUCCUUGAUUCUCCUUUUAGAAUUUUAGAAUAGAUUCGCAUUUUAGAAUCGCAGUUACGAAAAUUGGAUCAUUUGAAUGAAAAAUACAGUGUGGAGUAAACUGAGCUAUUGCACGACGCUAUAUAUGUUGCAUGGUUGUAGAAAUAUAAUAGUUCAUGGAAUGUUGAGAAAACCACAAUGUGCAUGCGCUGUUACAUUAUACUAAUUUAACACGAAAAUUCCCCCGUUCAUGUUUUUGUCUGACUGUAAGUUAAUGCAUGAUAAUUCCAUUAAGCCAUAUUAACCUGUACUUUGAAACUACUGUCAGUACAGUAGUUGGUUCUGAAAUACCUGAAAGAAUUAAAAGCUCUUCCAUAUUUUCAUUUUCAAGCUCCUUCGUGCAGAGGUUCUUAGAUUAGGUUAAAGUGUUUUUAACCUCUUUUUCAAUUUAGUCAUGCAACAUCCUGUUGUAGCAUUGUCUAUCUAGUGUCUUAAAACCGUGGACCACAAAGUUUACAACUGUGAUACUGUAACUUAAUGUAGAGUUAUAGUCUACCUACACUGGACCACAUCGAUUCAAAUAUAUUUAUGAUUCUAAACUUGAAUACAAAUGGCGAAAAUGUGACAGACGCGGAAAACCAUUUGAAUUCAGAGGACUCUUAAGUAUAUUUUGUACUUUGGCUGACGUCAUAUCAUUUGUUUGGGCUAUUAAAUGCCACAACCUUUCUUCAAAGCGACAGGCCUUGAUACAGAAGAUAUACUGUACCUGUAAAGGAACUCUGGGACAAUAUCUAUUAACCUAUAUUGUUGUACAAUAAAGCUCUUCGGUUUUUCUUUCGCUGCUACGAUUUUCUCGUCAAAGAAAAGAAAGUUAUUGAAGUUUUUUAAAAAGUUGUUAUAUUGUUGUCCAGUUUUUCUUUUCAUUGCUGCAUAUUGCAGCACUGAAACAUUAUCGCAUCAUCAAUGUAGAGCUGUAGUACAUAUUAGUUAAAAAUUGUUUUCAUUUAAUUUUGAAACGCCAACUGAAGAUAUUUUUAAAAAAUAACGCGCGUUUAUCCUUCAUUUUAGUCCUUACGUGUCCCCUGACUGGCUAGGAGCUUGCGCAGUUAAAUAAUUAUGGCCAGCACAUAGCCAACAUAUAUCUUGGUUGUCUGUAAGCAGACUGCAGAAAGUGGAGUUAUUUGCAUAGGUUGGGCCUGUAGCAAACAUGCAGUAGUUUUUGCAUUAUGGGGAAAAAAAUCACUUUCAGUAACAAUAUUUGCAACAUUGUUAAUUUGAUUCGUAAUAUUUUAUUCCUUUAUGUAUGAAAACCUGCAGGUGUAUAUCGAAUGUUCCUUUCGCGUUCUUGAUUCGCAGGAUUCAGUAUCUCUGAAUUUGAAUCCAGGUUUUACUCAUUUGUUUGUAUUGUUCUUAUAGAUUAUAUACAAAAUGGCUUAUUUUGUCUAACGUUUCGAUCGGGUUCCUCUACAGAAACCAUUUUCUUGGAAACCUUUUUCUUCCAAGCUAGACUUGAUGGUUAAUUGUAAACCGUAGAAUAUACAGUACUUGACGGUUUGUUGUAUCUUACAAUAAACCGUCAAGUUAGUCUUUGAAAAUUAUUUCCGCAGAGCAAACGGAAACGUUAAUAUAACAUUUUGUAUUUAUAUAAUCUAGAAGGACAAUACGAUAUAUUAGUAAUAAAUGUUAUUAUUUAAUCUUUUAUUUCAGAGCGUACGACCCCGCUGAUUAUGAACACUUACCUGUUGGACAGGAUAUAAAAGAACUAUUUCAAUACAUUACAAGGUAUAUACACUUUAGUCUACAUUGAAGUUACUCUCAUGAAAUAUUUUUGAACUAUUCAUCAAAUAGAAAUUGUUUACUCAAUUAUUUCGGUGCUUCACAAAAGUGCUAAUGUGCUCUAUAAUUUUUCACCCUUAAUACAUGUAUAUACCUUGCUGUUUUUGGAGUACUGGAAAAUACAGCAAUUCGGUGAUACUCAUGCCGUAUUGCAUUGUCGCGUUCAAUAAUAUUACUUUUUAAAAACGCGUUGCCAUAUUAGUUCAUGCUUAUGUUAUUAGUUACGUUACGUGUCUGGUUUGUCUAUAUAUUUCUAUGUAUAUUUUUAGAUACACACCACAGUCAAUUGAGUUAGAAUACAAACUGAAACCAUUUAUUCCAGAUUUCAUCCCAGCAGUUGGAGAUAUCGAUGCUUUUCUGAAGGUGAGUUAAAAAUAUCUUCAAAGUUAAACCCAGAUCCAGUGAGCUCCAUAUAUAUCUGGAGCGUGAACUCGAGUCCAAAAAAUGAAGCCAAGAUGGCGGAAAUUGAAGAGCUACAUAUAUAUUGAACGUCAUUUCCAGUCCCUUUCUUUUGUUUUUGUCUGCGCGGUUAAUACGAAGCUGGUAAGGAUUGUGCCGAAAUUUCGUAUUUUGACAUCGAUUUAAAGAACGCACUCUGGUUUUAUGAAGUGAUAACUUGUUUAGUGAUACGGUCCGUAGGAAAAACUGGAAAUAGCUGGGGAAAAUGGAAUUAAAACUGUUUACGACCUUCAUAGCUAUUGGACGUCAAUCUUGUCUUCACUUUUCUCACAGGCCGAAUGACUGAAGUUGUUGCUCCAGAUAGAUAUAUAUAUAUAUAUAUAUAGAGAGAGAGAGAGAUUAGUUCGAUCUAGACGUACAUUUAGUUCGAUCUAGACGUACAUUUACUGUACGUACUAUACGUAAUAGAAGCUAUUUUACACAAUACACUUUAGCUUUGGUGUUAGGGAGCUUAAAUUUUUGAGUGACGUCUGUGUUGACAAAACUUCACUUGUUUAAGCUCACUAUUGUGAGCUUUAACUAACCUACUAAAGAAAACCCUUACAGUACUAUAACAGUCCGUUAUAGCUAUAACGUGAAAUUAUAAAUUUUGUGGUUAAGGUAUCAAAACCAGAUGGUAAACCAGAAGUCUUAGGUCUCACUGUUUUGGACGAACCUUGUGCAAAACAAUCAGAUCCAACAGGUAAAAUAUACUAAAUGACGUCUAAUGAAUACGAUGUAUGGCCUUGAUAAAAGCAUUAAGUUUCAACACCACCUGGAAUUGCUUCGUGAAAAGUGGCCAAGUAAUCAUGCAAUGCCAAUUUGAAACAAUCAAUGACUCGUAUACAGUAGUUUGUUCACACUUAACAUUAGUAUAAUUACAUAAGUGAUUAUUGAAAAUUCUCCACGCUGAUUGGUUGCCGUUGAGGUGAUUAUAACGCGAUGAUCACCUAAGCGAUUUUCGAAAUGGCGGCCGAAGCCAUUUUAUCAAUUAAAUGACGAAGAAAUGUGUAUUUUUUAUUUUUUUUCCAAAUAAUCACCUAUGAAAUUAUACUAAAACAAUUACAGUAUUUACGUCAGGCUCGGUGAUUAUCGUGAAUAAAAAUCUCGACUUCGUCUCGGUUUUUAUUCACCGAUAAUCACGUCGCCUUCGGCGAAUAAUUGCUAAUUAUUAGUAUAGUGCAACACGGGGUGUGAUCGAGGUCUUAAAUUUUUCAGAUUUUCUUAUUUCACAAUAUUUAGUGAUUUAAAUUACAUACAAAACAAUAUUACUGUGUGUAUAUUUGAUUUAUUAUCAGCAGUAGUAAAAGUGGCUGAACGCUUUCGAGUUGACCAUACGUCUAUAAUGUCUAUGAAAAUUUAUAGAGAAAAAUGUCAAGUGUGAGUCUCCCAAACAAAUUAAAACAAAACAAAACAAAACAAAACAAAACAAAACAAAACAAAACAAAACAAAACAAAACAAAACAAAACAAAACAAAACAAAACAAAACAAAACAAGACAAAACAAAACAAAACAAAACAAAACAAAACAAAACAAAACAAAACAAAACAAAACAACUGGUGCAUACUCACAUAACUUAUUUAUCCUUUUUUGUGAAAUGUAGUUUUAGGGUUACAAUUGAUAACAGUCUCGAAGCAAACCAGCAAGAAGUCAGUGGUAAGAAAUUGUACCUGUUCAAUAUAAUGUCUGUUGUAUAUUCAACAAAUAUAGGACAUUUUCCGUGUGGAAACACGACGCUCGGAGGGCGAGUUUCCCAAUUAGCCAUUCCGAAGUUGAUGAGUGGACUGGGGACAAGUGUUAAAAAGUGCCCAAAUUAAGAAAUGAACCAAAUCACUAAAAAGACCACCUCAAAAUUAGUAAGUAUACAAAGUUUGAAGACGUGUAUAUGAAUACCCUUCGAAUAAUAAGCUUUCGAAAAUUGUGAAAUUACUGAUUAAAAGAUUGUUUUGGGGACGCGCGUCCCAAAAACAAGAAAUUACAAUACAUUUCAUAGUAAAUAUCACGAUUUUCGAAAGCUUAUUAUUCGAAGGAUAUUCAUGUACAGUAAACGUCUUCAAACUUUGUAUACUUACUAAUUUUGAGGUGGUCUUUUUAUUGAUUUGGUUCAUUUCUUAAUUUGGGCGCUUUUUAACACUCGUCCCAGCCCACUCAUCGACUUCGGAAUGGCUAAUUGGCAAUUUCCACCAGACGUGUUGUUAUAACUGUAUACCAAUAAGGAAAUAUGUUUUAUAUUUUUUAUAAUAUAGCACAAAGAAAUAUAAAGAAAGAAAUUUUCCGUGUUGACAUAGAGUUAUGUCAAUACGGCUUUUAUCUAAUCAGCGUUCAGAAUUUGCAAAUGCUAUAUUCUAAAACAAAGCAUACUCCAUUAAGUAAAACGGGUGCUUUUUCUCGGAAUAUUUUUUUAAUAUUUCCUAAAAUUAUUUUAUUGUACUAGUUCAGUGGCAAACAUUUCGCAAAAUGUUGAAGAGGAAAUUUAGGUUGCCACCAUACGACUACCUUUUGUUGCUGGAAUUCAUAGGUCUUUAAGAGGCACUUUUUUCAAUGUCGCGUAUUCGCGAUGAAAAGUGUUCAAAACCUAAAAUCUUUUUGGCGUACCUCUCAAAAUUACUUUGUUUUAUUUUUAUUUUGUAGUUUACACAGUUAGCAACCUUUUUUAAUGUAUCUGGAGGUUGAGAAACACAAAUAAUAGUUAAAUAUUGUCAAUUUAAAUAUAUAAUUAUCAUUGAUGCAGUAAAAUUGACGCCAUAUUUAUACAGCAAUGUAAGCAGCAAAACUUACUGAACUUCAGACAUCAUUUUCUUUUUGGCGUACCAUCUAAAGCACUAAACAUACUUUUUAAGUUUGUUUUCCGAUUGAGAAACGUAUCGAAAACUACAAUUUUUCAAUGUGGUCAUAACCGCAAGUGGUAUAUUAUACUAACAUUAGUUCUGAGCGCGUGUUACGUAACACACAAAAAAUCUCCUCUUUGCAAAAAACUUUUUUGCCUUAAAUUUCAUGCAAUAUAUAAAGCUCCACUUUCUCCAAACAUACCCGAAAAAUAUAAUAUCUGGAGCUCUAGUGUAGUGUUUUAAAAACGGUUUUGUGACAUUUUUGUCAAUAUAAUGGAGAGAAAAUUCUUUUUUAGAAAAUUUUCAUGUUUAUAAAACAAAAAAUACCUUUGAUUGAACAAUUCAAUGCUGACGUUUUCCACAUACUGUAUACUGAAUUAUUCAGUAAGUCGUGCGACCGGCGAGGAGAAUGAAUUUUUACUAAAUAAAUUAAUGUUUAAUUCCAAGGCUGUAAAAUCAGUUGAGGACCCAGAAAAGAAUCCUAAAGCAAUUUCUAAUUGGAUAGAAAGUAUAAGGUGAGUGCUAUUUGUAAUGUUUAUUGAUAUCAAGUAACUUAUUUAUUGGUAAAUGUGGACACCAUACUUGAUUUGUCUACAAUUAUGGCCCGUUUACUUUGGUAUAACCGUAUAUUGCGCAAAUUCUCCAGCUUUUUAGGGAGGGUUUGCAUGCACUGGACGAAUGAUUGCUUCCUAAUUUUUCAGUGGAGCCUGUUUUCUGAAAUUAAAUAAAGAUAAUGUGGUUAAACAUAGAUUUAGGCGAAGUUAACGGCAGAUGUAUCUAGCAGCAGGGAGCCCCCGACGUCACCUAGAACAGUUGCAAUUAUCGCGCAUCCGUCACUUUGCUACAGCUUGGCUAGCCAGCUACAACUGCUCUUUCUACCUCCAAACUCGGAUACUCUGCCGUUAAAACUAUAUAACCAUUAUAGUUGUUAUAGAGAUUACAAAAAGCAUGUUAAUUACAGCAUGUGAUCGACACAUCUUUUCAGGGAACUCCAUCGUCAGAAACCUCCACCCACUGUGCACUAUCAAAGGUGAGUAAUUUGUUGUGGUAUUUAUUUCCUUAUGAUUCAAAUUCAAUUCAAUUCAAAAGUCUUUUUAAUAGAUCAAAAGAUAAAAAUACAUAUCUUAUGUUACAAGUACAUAUUAAGAAUACAUUAGUAAAGUUUACAUCAUAUGAAUAGGUUAUAGUUAAAAAUUAAUCUAUUUGCAAACGACAAUUUAAAACGUUCCGUGUUCACUCUUGGAUACUGACUAAACUCUGUCCUCAAAGAAUAGCUUGUGGAUUUUUUUCUUGGUAUCAAGUCGACUAUGGCACUCUUCUGAUUUACAGAAGCCUUAAAAAUAUUUCUGUCUUGUAUUUCUAAAAGAUAUCUAAUAUUUACAGGUUCUGAUAUAUACUUUCGCUUAAAACAUCUGUCAAAAAACCGUUGUAGAGUAUUGAGUUCGGCUGGAGAAGAACUGUAGACGGACAGGCCAAACGUUAUAGUAGAUAUUACUAGGGUCUUAAAUAGAUAAUCUAUCUCACAUUGGCUAUAGCCUUCUGCCCUGAGUGUUCGUAUAACGUACAAGCAUUUGUUUGCUUUGACCAAUUUACCUCGCACAUGACUAGUGAACUUGAGAUUGUCUUGAAAAGUACUACCUAAAAUGGGAAGUUCUUUGCAUUGGGGUAUAUUAUAAACAUUGUCAAGUUGAUCAUUAUAUCCCUUCUUCCGGAUGAUAAGCUCUUUACAUUUACCAGGGUUACAAGUCAUAAAAAUUAUCAUCAGACCAGCUCAGGAAUUGUCCAACUGUAUCUGUUGAUGUAUCAGGACCCUCACUCCAAACUGGCACUAUUAUAUUUGAAUCGUCCGCAUAUUUAAAAAGAGCGUUCUCGCCGUCUAUGUCCACCUCUAAAUCAUUUAGGAAAAUAUUAAAAAGGUAGGGGCCACUUACGCUCCCCUGUGUUGUACCCUUAUUAACAUCCAUCCAUUCUCCACAAAAAUCGUUACAAACGACUCUUUGCUUUCUAUUCUUUAGAAAAUUUAAAUACCAAUUUAUGAUAUAAGGGUUGAGUGGCACAGUGUAACUGCUUUGCAGUUCGCUCUAUCUAAGAAGCUGAGUACUUUGUUCUGAAUAGUUAACAGAGCGUUUGUACAACUCCCCCCUGCCUGUACGCAAAUUGCGUUGGGGAUAAAAUUUCCUCAACUGUCGACUUGACCUGACUAUUAUAAACGAGCUUUUCGAAGGUCCUCGCAAUUACAUGUGUAAUAUUUAUUCCACGAAAGUCACCAUCUUCCUUUGGUAAAUCAACCUUUGCAAGAGGGUUAAUAUUCUCUCUUUUCCAUGAAUCUGACCAAGUAUGUGAUGAAAGGGACAAAUUCCAGACGUUAGUUAUAACUUCGGUUAGAAUUUCCGCAUGAUCAUUCCAAACCCAAUAGGGAAUAUAAUCGGGACCUGUUGCUGUCCUCUUUAUUCUUUUCAAGGCAUUCCAUACCUGCUGUUCCGUAAAGCUAGGAAUAUUUACUUCAUCACCAAUAAUUGAGAGCGUCGGUUCGACAUAACUAUCAUCGUGGCAGAGUUCGCCAAAGUAGCGAUUUAAUCUUGUAAGUGAUGCAUUAUCUAAAGUAACUCUUGAUGACGAUGCAUUUCGCUGAGAAAUAUCAUUCGUCUUUCUCCACCAAGUUCUACUCCCCACCAAGGCCCUAAAAUUUCUUCUGUUUUGACAAAUGACAUCAGAAAUACUUUUGUUAAUUAAACUGAGUCUAUCCUUUUGCGACCGAGCAAUUCUGGAUUUAGAUUUUAGCAAAGAUUUAAUUAAAGGACUCAUCCAGUAAGGGUCACGUGACGAAAUUGAGACUGUUUUUGUGGGCAUACAUUUAUUCAUAUGAUCCAUGAUCUUACGUUCAAGACAAUUCACAGCGUCAUUUACAUUCGUGGACUUCGAUACAUCCUCCCAAUCUUCUUCUGCUAAAGCUUUGUGGAAAUCUUCCUUUCGAUGCUUUCUACAAUCCCGAAAUUCAACCUUUCGGCGCAUAGGUUUUAGUUUCGUCCCUGCUGGUAAAAUAACCCCCAUGUGGUCUGUUUUAGUUAAAGGAAUGAAAGACCAAAGUUUGCUUAUUUAUAGAACGAAACAUAUUAAAGUGAUACUUCUAUAUUCUAAUCUAAUAGAAAAUGGAAAUCCAUAUUUGGAUAUAACAUGUAAUAUGAAAGUGGCAGUUAAUUGAAUUUUUUGUACUACUUCAAGCUACUUUAGGAUCCAUUCUUUUUCCAUAUAUAAAACUACUGAAAAUUCCAGUGUAAUUUACCAUUGAGAAUUUAAUUGUUCGACAGAAACAUGCCAGAUAUUGAAAGUCUUAUGCAAGAAUGGCCACCGGAAUUUGAAGAGCUAUUAAAUCAGGUAAUGAAAAUGCCUAAAACUUAUAAUGAAAUAAAAAUACUGAUAAUAAAACAAAAUAUCUUCAUAAGUAUAUGUAUCAACUCGCAUAAACAAAACAUAAGGGGACUAGACAUAAGGAUACAAGCAAAACAUAAGGAUACUAGAAAUUUAUGCAUAUAUUAUACCUCAAAUUCAAAUUGUCCAAUGAAAAAACAGCAUUUGUACCACGUGAUAAUGUGAUUUUUUACGGUAUUUCACUCAAAUUCAUGAUUUCGCAAUGCAGCGUGAGAUACUAUAAUAUCCCACGGAAGAUCCACCGUGGGAUAUUAUAGUAUUCCACGCGUCACGCGUGGACACCACGCUCUGAAACAAUAUGGCGUUCGCGAGCUGUUGUUUGUAAUUUCGGUACAGAAGAUUUGAUUUAACCAAAUAUUUUCAAGACGUAUGUUACCUUUAAUGAUCCAAAGGAUACGUGCUCAAAUAUUUUAAAGAGGAAACGUCAAAAACUCAGGUAUACAUAAGAAAUUAAAAAUUGUAUUCGCGUAGUUAAUAUUCAGCAAGUUUUAAAGUGUAUUCUGAACUUGGUGAGUUCUUUAACUUUCAGUAUAAUAUAUCAUUUAUAGACCCUCCGCUCGGGGGAUUCGGCGAUAUUUCCCUUAGUGAUGAUAUUUUCCUCGGGGCAAAGCCCCUCGGAAAAUAUCAUCACUUCGGGAAAUAUUACGCCGAAUCGCCCUCGCUCCGGGUCUAUAAAUGAUAAGUAGCAACCUGCACUCGCUCUUUCUGAGCAGACAAAUGUUGUUCCGUGUAAUGUUCGUGGUUUUGUAUCAAUAUCAAGCACUUUUAAGUAUAACAAUAGAUAUCAAACAACUUGUACAAACAGCAUAGUACGUAUCCAAUUACUUCCCGGUUCCCUAGCCUCGUGCUUCUAAAAAUACUUAACUAACUUUCUAGUCACGUGUGUGCUAGUGUCAAUAAUGUCAACAUUGCAUUCCGAAACAUUUUUCCCAACAUGGAUAAUUUAUAAUUGACAAACCGCAGACCAUGCAGAAAAUUGUACGAACAUGCGUUCGGUAUAUUUUUUAUUGGAUAAAAUACUGGCAAAAGCAAGGCAAAAUUUUGUGCUUGUAUAAUUAUAGGUUUAUACUAUGCAUUUUAGAUAUGUUAUUAGGUAUUCUCUAAGCUGCAAUUUAAUGUACAAUUCAACCUCUAACGUUUCCUGAAAUGUUUCGAAAUGGCCAUAUACGUCUUUGUCUUUGAAACGAAGUCAGUUUCAAAUUCCUAUAAUUGUAAAAUAAUUUUGCUCAUGCAUCUUUAAAUUUUUAAUCUUUUUGACGGGACGUCCGCAGGAGCUUUAUGCGAGUAUUUAAGGGAAUAAAUAAUCUUAUAUUGAUUCUUGUCAUAUUAUUUUAUAAAUGACUGUACAAUCAUGCAGAACACUCUUACUGUAAAUUGAAGUUAAUACCGUUUACAGUAGGGGUCAUCUCGUGGUGAGGGUACUCGCCUACAUUUAGUACCAUGUGAAGUAUAUUGCCUCUGACAACCUUAAUUAAAAUAGCCACAUGCACAGUAUUAAACCUCUAGAAUUUAUUCUGCCAGGUUGGACUACCAACGGCUGAGCUGGAUGUAGAUCUUCCUCAGUAUGUCGACCUUGUUUGUGGUAAGCUUGAUCGUAAUAGAUUAGAAACUAAAACGGUUUUAUGAAAUUUAAAUAUUAUGCAAGAUAUUUUAAUAUAUCUAUCAAUAUCUCUCAAUUGCUUAGGGAUGCUUGAUAUUCCUGUGCAAAAGAAUCGUAUACAUUCCCUACAUGUUCUCUUUACGUUGUAUUCGGAGUUCAAAAAUUCCCAGGUGAGUUUCUGCAUUGAUCUACGUCAAUUAAAACCACUUGAUCAAUAUAAUGGUGGGCUUCCAUGGGUUUUCAAGCUUUUUUUCUUUUCUGUUUUUCUUUAUUUCUUAAAACUUCAAAAUACAGUAUAUAUUUGUCAUUUUUAGUAUAUUUUUUAUAUAUUUGUCAAUUAAGUUGCACGCUUUUCCGCGGGAGCAUGUUAGUUAGUGCCUGCGAGCAAAUUUCAUAACUUCAGGAUCUGCAAAUAUUUGAUCCUAUUUUAGGUUUGGGGAAUUAAGGUGGCUCCCUACAGUUGUAAAGAAACGAAAAAAAGGUCUUCACAAUUACGCAAAAUAUUUUCUAUUUAUGUAAAAUGGGGAUUUUUUUGAAGUACAGAAACGCUUGCUCAGGCUUUAUACUUCAAGCAUAAUCGUUCGAUUAUCAUAUGCUUUGUGUGUUGCUAUGGUAACAAUGUGGCCUAAGCCACAGCAGAUAAAUAUCAAGUUUUGGACUAAAAAUGAAUUUAUUAAUUUCCUUCGGUCAAAACAUCUGACGUUCUGUAGUUGUAAAGGGAAUGUCUAGGUCUGUCUAGUGGAAGAUUAUAUAAAAAAAUUAGGGGGGAGUAUAAAUUCAAUUUUUCAGCUGAAUAUUACGCGAGAUUUGUUCCACAAAAACUGUUUUAUAGAGUAUUUUAAAAAAUCGAGUAUAUUGCAAUAAUUGACCAGUAUUUUUAACAAAAUUUUAGAAAUAUUAACCGAAGGGAAAAAGUUAUUGCAUUAAAAAUCUUGCGCGGUCAAAUGAACUUUUUGCUGAUGUGAUAAAAUUUCAACUCGACAAGAUCACGUCAUUUCGUUACCAGUCCCAUGCUUAAACAACUACAGGGUGUAUAAAAAAAAGUAAGGCAAUUUUGAAAUUGCUCUCAAUUCCACAAUUCUGUUCAUGAAAUGUAAUUUUUUAUAUGUAUGGAUUGCUUGAGUUCUUAAAUUAUGGAAAAUAUAAAAAAAAUUGAAAAUAUUAAAUUUUGCUAUCCAGGGGGGUGGUCAACUUUUGCUCUCCUAAAAGUGGCUUGCGCACGGAAAUGACAAACGGUAUUCUUUAUUUGAGUUCAUGUAUGAAAAGUUCGCUAUUUGUUGCAUUUAUGAUAAAAUUUCGGCAGGAUUUUACCGAGUACAAAUCCUCCGAAAAGCCUAUGAAAACGUUACAUUUUUCUCUGAUGGUGCUGGUCUUGCUUCAUUAUGAAUUCAUUUUUACUCCCAUGAGAGUUCCAUGGAAUUUCCAUGGAAUUUGUGCUUUCGAGCUUGUGCUGAAACGCAUUUUCUCGUGUAAUACCCCGUAAAAGCAGAGAGCUUUUAUGGUAUCAGAGUUCCUCCGUAGCAACAACAUAAACUUGGUUCGCCAAAGAAUAUCCAGAUGUACGAUGCCCUUCACGUGCGAAUACGUGAAGGGCAUCGUACAUCUGGAUAUUCGUUCGAGAAACUUUGGCGAACCAAGUUUAUGUUGUUGCUACGGAGAAACUCUGAUACCAUGCAUAAAAGUUCUCUGCUGCGGCCGGGGUAAAUUGUGACAUCGCCAUUUCAAAGUGUACGGGGUAUUAUACAAGAGAAUGCGUUUCAGCACAAACAACUCGAAAGCACAAAUUCAGUGGAAAUUCCAUGGAACUCUCAUGGGAGUAAAAAUGAAUUCAUAAUGAAGCAAGAACAGCACCAUCAGAGAAAAAUGUAACGUUUUCAUAGGCUUUUCGGUGGAUUUAUACUCGGUAAAAUCCUGCCGAAAUUUUAUCAUAAAUGCAACAAAUAGCGAACUUUUCAUACAUGAACUCAAAUAAAGAAUACCGUUUGUCAUUUCCGUGCGCAAGCCACUUUUAGGAGAGCAAAAGUUGAUGGAUAGCAAAAUUUACUAUUUUCAAAUUUUUUAUAUUUUCCAUAAUUUAAGAACUCAAGCAUUCCAUACAUAUAAAAAAUUACAUUUCAUGAACAGAAUUGUGGAAUUGAGAGCAAUUUCAAAAUUGUCUUACUUUUUUUGAUACACCCUGUAUAGGGAGCCACAUUAAAUAUUGUUAAAAUGUCAGUAUUUUAAUGAGAUUUUUUUUUAAAAUGUGCCUGCAUGCACAGUUCAAAAAGUGCAUGCAUGUUUUCGCACACUCGCGCAUAUUAAAGAUGCCUGCAUGUUAGAACAAAGGAUUAAGCUUGAGAAUACUUAUUUGUAUUCUCUUUAGUUAUCUCACUUAGUCAAUCUAAUUUGUGAUUUUUACAACGUACUUACAGCAUUUUAACCAGUUGGCAAAAGACAAUAACUUGGACAAUGCUUUGAAGACAAACGGUGGAGAAGUCGAAAAUAAUACAAUGAGUUUUGAAUAAUCUUGUCAUUUUGUGUACUGUAUAUAUAUUUAUAACAUUGUAGUUACAUCCUUAGUCAUUUAUUUUGUACAUAUACUCUGUUUAAUGUGAAGAUCUAUGCAUAUGAAAUAUUCAGUCACUUGUGAAAUUCUAACUGCACAAAUAUUGGCAGACAAUGGCUUAACCAGAUUAUUUGCCCAUAUGUCUCUACUUAGUAACUCUAUGCUAAUGCACACUGCAUCCUCUACGGGGUGUCUAAAAACAAACGCUAUGGAAAUUCAACAGGCUGUCGUGCAUCAUAAACGUGGCUAAACAAUUCAAUUUUUACAUAGG